CUGUCAAGCUAAAAACAGCUGAAGAACGCGUCUCUGCGCCACCCUGUUGCGCUCUUGCGAACGCGUCUAGCGUGAACGCCCCCGGAGAGAGAUGCGUUUGUGUGGUCGCUGCCAUGUUCACUCUAGUGCACUUGUUACGCGGAUGUUGAGGAAGUGGUGGUUAGUGGCACUUGGAUGAGUAUCAUCCGCUCUUGAUUUUGCACCGUGAGAAAACGAGUCAAAUGCCGCGCUGCUAUGGACGCGAUCGGCGUAUCGCACACGGAUCCGCUCGAUGACUAUGAGCUGAUACACCGCAUAGGCAGCGGGACAUAUGGAGAUGUGUUUAAGGCCCGUAGCAUUAAGACUUCAGUCAUCGCAGCUAUUAAAGUGGUCAAACUGGACCAUGGUGAUGACAUUUCAAGCAUUCAACAUGAGAUAACCAUGAUGAAAGAUUGCACUCACAAAAACAUUGUGGCCUAUUUCGGUAGCUACCUCAGAAAUAACAAGUUAUGGAUCUGCAUGGAAUUCUGUGGAGGAGGAUCAUUGCAGGAUAUUUACCAUGUCACUGGUCCUCUGAAAGAGAGACAAAUAGCUUAUGUGAGCAGAGAAACACUUCAGGGUCUACAUCAUCUCCAUCAAGCGGGAAAAAUGCAUAGAGACAUAAAAGGUGCCAACAUCCUCUUGACAGAGCGAGGAGAUGUCAAACUAGGUCAGUCUGGGUUUACCCCUGUCUCAGGCCCUCACAUAUGGCUUUCUCUCAGGAUGGCCCCAGAGGUUGCAGCAGUGGAAAGGAAAGGAGGUUAUAACCAGCUGUGUGACAUCUGGGCUGUGGGUAUCACAGCUAUUGAACUAGCAGAGCUGCAGCCGCCCAUGUUUGACCUACACCCUAUGAGAGCUUUGAUGCUGAUGUCCAAGAGCAGUUUCCAGCCUCCCAAACUCAAAGACAAGAACAAAUGGUCCACAGAAUUUCACAACUUCAUUAAAAUGGCUCUCACAAAGAGCCCUCGGAAAAGGCCGACAGCAGAAAAAAUCCUACAGCACGCUUUUGUCACGCAGCUCCUCACACGUAACCUUGUUAUAGAGCUGCUGGACGCCGUCAGUAACCCUGAUCUGCAACAGACACACACUAUGGAUGAGAGUGACCUGGAGACGUGUAGCGUCCUACCUGAUAAGAUUCAUUCCCUAGCGAAACUUCCCGUUCAGAGAACUCGGUCUGAAGAGCAAUUUGAUCACGUGAAGUUUGGACCACCCAUGAGAAAGGAGACGGAUCCCUGUCCCGAUCUGGGGGCGUAUGAUGACUGGAGCUCUAUCAGUGCGGACAAGGACUCACCGAGUUUGUUAGAGUGUGUGGAAGAGGCCUUGAUGGAAAGGAGUUUGACUAUAAAGAGAGGCUCUUCAGCUGAGCACUCACUGGAUGAAGAGAAUAAAUAUGGGACGGUGAAGAGAGUGGUCUCUUCUCCCCAAUCAACAACAGUCAACAAUCAAGAGAGAAAAGCUCCCACUCCCUGUUCCCUCUCCACGCCUCUGAAGGGCCCCAUCCCUGACUCUAACCCCGCCCUAAUCAGUGAAUCCGCUUUGCUGAUUGGUUCAACGCUGUCUGACCUGUCACUCCUCGCAAACUCCUCCUUCCUCAGUCAUUCCACCAGUCUAGAUUCCCUUUGUUCAACACCAACUGAAGGUUUGAAAGCAGAGAGCUCUGUCGCUCCAGACCCAGGAGGAACCAGGAGUCAUUUUCCCCCACAUGACCCCCCUCUCUCUCCAGAAUGGAGCACACUCAGGAGGAAACCAGACGACUUGAAAGUUGUCCAUGGACUAUUGCUUCCUCAGAGAUGCAGUUGGUUGUACGUGAUGAACAAUGUCCUUAUGUCCAUCUCAGGAAAGUCAUCACAGUUGACUUCUCAUAGUCUGCCGGCCCUCUUUGAGUACCGCAGGAAUAUGCAGCGUAGACAGGGGCAUCUGGUGAUGAACGCACACCGCUUGAGCACAAAGAUAAGCGCAAGGAAGUAUGCCAUGUCAGUAAAGAUCCCAGACACCAAGGGCUGUAGAAGAUGCAGUGUGGUUCGAAACCCCUACACUGACAGCAUUUUCCUUUGUGCCGUUGUUCCCACUGGUUUGGUCCUUCUAAUGUGGUAUGAACCUCUGCAGAAGUUCAUGCAGCUCAAGCACAUUGCUCUGAAUCUGCCAGAGUCUCUGCCCAUCUUUGAGCUGCUCGUAAAGGAAACAGAGGAGCUGCCACAGGUCUGUGUGGGGGUGAGAAGCCAUCCCCGCCAAAAAGACAACACUGGACAGAUGCACUUUGACAUCAUCCACCUGGAUGACACACCACAAAGUCUGCCAGAUGGUGAGUCUUUGGAGGCCAAACAAGUGAUUCAGCUCGACAGGGACACAGUUCUCAUCGCACUGAAAAACACAGUGAGAGUUGUGAAUCUUCAGGGAUGUCUGAGUCAUCAGAAGACCUCUGAACUUGCUUUUGAGUUUCCCAUUCAGACGCUGGUGUGUCUACAGGACAGUGUUCUUGUCUUCUGGAAACAUGGUCUGAAAGGAAGGAGUUUACAAACUAAUGAGGUUACCCAGGAGAUCACUGACAGAAGUCGAGUUUUUCAGGUUUUGGGAACAACUAGGGAUAUUAUCUUGCAAAGUACUCCUACGGAUGAUCCGUCUGCCAUGAGCAACCUGUACAUCCUCACGGGGCAUGAAAGCAGCUACUGAUGGGACGGAGACACUGAGAAUGUUGAGCAAGAGCUGGAAACACUACAAAGGUUGAUAGUCCUCCCUUCCCUACUGAGAGGGUAGAGUCAUCAGGCCCAAAAAGCUCCAGGAACAGAGGAAAACAUGAUGAAGUCACGUACACAGGUCUCCAGAGCCUUUGAGGACAGGAGGCAGAAUUGGAGCUGAUGUGGAGGCACAAGGAUCAACCAUGAGAGAAAGUGACCUGUGGACCUGUAUACUAUGUUUGAAACAACUUGUGAAACAGGCUGCUAUGGGUCACUGACUAAACUAAUGAGAUGUUCUAUUUAAUACUAGACAGUCUGUUGUAUUCCUUGUUUCAGGAAAUAUCGUAUUAUAUCAACAUGUUUUGGUGCAGUGGUUCAGAAUUAUCUUCCAUUGACCAGUAAAUUAGUUGAUAGAAUGUUGUCAACCAUUGUACUGUAAAACCCACAAAAACCAAAACUGUGAAAUAAAUUAAAUAAAUGUAAACGACAAGGAUAAUUUGAUGAAUA